UGCUCCCUAUUUUUAGGGAGAGCUUCGGCGUCUCUGCCUAAGGGGCGGCGGGGAAACUACAGCGCCUCCCCGGUAUUCGGCUGGCAAACUUCGCGCAAGGGAGGCUGGCGAAGGCAGAAAGAUGUGAAAGUAACAAGAAUCAAUGUGGAAGAGUAUGGAUUUGUAAAGAGAAAAACUACCUUAGUGCCUGAAUGUUUGCGAAAGCAGCUCUUCAGGACAAAAAAUGCAAAACUACAGAGACAGUGAAUAAUUUGAUAUUGCAGCCAUGGAAGGCAACUCAAGUUUUUGGAACAGCUUGGUAUUUUCACACCCUAUCUGCGUGAACUGGAAGUCAGAAACCGAAGGAUCGAUCUAUCAUUUAGCUAGCAUUUUGUUUGUGGUUGGCUUUAUGGGCGGAAGUGGCUUUUUUGGCCUGCUCUAUAUUUUCUUCCUGCUAGGGCUGGGUUUUCUCUGCUCAUCUGUGUGGUCAUGGCUGGAUGUCUGUGCAGCUGACAUUUUCUCAUGGAAUUUUAUCCUGUUUGUGAUCUGCUUCAUACAGUUUAUUUAUGUAACCUACCAAAUACAGAGUGUUGCUUUCGACAAAGAAUUUCAGGAGCUUUACAAUGCUUUGUUCCAGCCUUUGGGGAUCUCCUUGCCUGUUUUUAGAAAAAUUGUCCUCUGCUGUGGUGGAGAAGUUAUUACAUUAGAGAAGGAACAUUGUUAUGCCAUGCAAGGCAAAACUCCAAUUGACAAGCUCUCCUUACUUUUGUCAGGAAGAGUUAGAGUGACGGUGGAUGGAGAAUUUCUGCAUUAUAUUUUCCCUCUUCAAUUUCUGGAUUCACCUGAAUGGGAUUCAUUAAGACCCACAGAAGAUGGCAUUUUUCAGGUAACCCUCACAGCCGAAACAGAUUGUCAUUAUGUGGCAUGGAGGAGAAAAAAAUUAUAUUUACUCUUUGCAAAAUACCGAUUCAUCUCACGUCUGUUUUCAAUCCUGAUUGGAAAUGAUAUUGCUGAUAAACUCUAUGCAUUGAACGACAGAGUGAGCCAAGGGAAAGGAUUUCGAUAUGAUAUUCGGCUACCAAAUUUCUAUCAUGUAUCAGCACCUAACACACCAAAAAAAAAAUCUGCAGACCAUUUUCAGAACAAUUCAAGACAACAAUAAAAUUAAAGACAAUAUACCUCUUACUACAAAAUGACAUAAUUUUGCCCUCUUACCACCAUUAAAUGGUGAAACGUAUUACGAUGGUAUCAUGUGAAGACUCUCAAAAAGGCCAUUUUAAAAUAAAAGCCAUUUUCUUUCCUUGCAGACAAUCUAGUGGGACUCUUCACACUGUUUAGAACCAGCAGAUUGUACACAUAGAUUGUGCAUUAUGAUUCACUUCUGUUGACUUGUUCUGCUCAUCUUAUUACUUUGGGAGAAUAGGGGCUGAUAUGAAUCAUUAUUUGAUACUUCUUGUAAUUGUACUUUCUUUAUUGUGUUUUCAAAAAAUCAUUUGCAUAGAGCUUUUCUUCCUGCUUAUUAAGAUCUCCUUGUCAUGGUGAAUUAUAUAAGCUAUUUUAUCAUAAAGAAGAGCAACAAUCAAGCCAUUUUUUCAAAAGAACCUUGGUUCACUUGUGCAUAAUUACAAUGCAUAAACUUGGCCUGCAGAUUUACAGUAGAUGACCCAUGUGACAAAAAAUUGAGCAACCUGAAAGAAGACUUGGCACUUUCUUCCUUUCUAUCAAAAACUUUUGGAUUGUACAAAAUUGCUUUUGGAUGUACAGCAAAAGACAUAAAUAUUACCGUUUAGAAUUCAAAAAGUGCAUCAAUCACUUUAAAUGUUGCAAUUUAUGUAGCAUAAAAAUGUUCCAUUAUUUAAAUGGCACAGAAGGCAGCUACAGUAUCUUGAUGAAUGGGGUAUAUAUUUUAAGAACAAUGGAAAUGUUAUGGGAAGGGAAUUAUUUCUUAAAGGGCAAGUAUUGGGGGAGGGGGAUUUCCCCUAGUCAAAAAGAAAUGGAGAGU